UUCCUCCUUUAUUGACUGGGUCCAUUAGGACUUUCCCGGAGAUGCCCCGGAAGAACGGGGUAGUUCCGUCUUUACUGGACAGUCUCCAGAAACAGCUGGAGCUACGCCUGGCUUGCUCAGCAUGCAGCCUCCGAGUGAACGAGAGCACGUAUCAGCUGAAGGAGGUGGAACACAAGUGCAUGAUGGAAAUCCUCCUCGCCCGGCGGAAGGGCUCGAGCGGGAAAUCCUGGCGGAAGGUUGGUCGAAGACCUGACUUUCCCAAGCCGGCCAGUUACGACAUUUGUCGAUAUUACGUUGCGGGUUCCGGCUGCAAAAGGCAUCGGAACUUCUGCACCUUCGCUUGGUGCAAGGAAGAGGUGGCCGUGUGGACGUUUGAGAAGCAGACGGGCAUGGAAAGGCACGCUUUGAAAGCGCUGGUGCGGCAGGCUCAAACCGGCGGUCUCGCAAAUGGCCUUUCAGUGCCUGUGCGGAGCAGCAUCUCGGAGGAAAUCCGGAGCGAGUUUGGAGGCUCCUUCCAGGAGAUCUGCACGUCGUGUUUCCAUCAGAGUCCCCCCAGGAUCUCUCCCAAGGACUCGAAUCAGACCUGUGCCAAUCACUGGAAAGCCCUUCUGGUGCACGCCAUAAUCGAUGGAAAGAUGAAGGAGCAGUACACAGAAAUCCGGCCCUGCCCACAACAUGUACAGAAACUGAGUUACUGCAUAUACAUCUCUACCGGGAAACCAUGCAAGCACGGGGCCAAUCGGUGCAGCUAUGCUCACAGUGACGUGGAAAUGGCUGUGUGGGAGGCAGAGAAGAGUCUCGGCUUGGCGCGUGCCGACCUUCUGACCCCUUCAGCGGACGGCAAGCCGGAAGGGCCACCCGCGCAGCCGGAAGUCCAGUUCUACUGCCGAGUGUGCCUGGUGACCUGCAGCUCUCAGGAGAGCUUCGAGAACCACUGCUCCUCCGUGGAGCACCUGCAGAUGAUGGCCAUGGAUGCCACGGUUCAAUGGAACCACCGGGCCCCUCCCUAUGGCCUGAGGAAAUUUUUGCUGUGCGGACGAGCUGACAUCUGCGAAUAUGGGCAGGAUUGCACCAAGGCCCAUUCCACAGAGGAGCUUGAAGAGUGGAUCCAGAGGACCAAAGCGGCAGAGGAGAACAAGCAGCUUGCCAAAGAGGGCGGCCUCCUCUCCUAUCAGGACCGGCUGCUUGCGGAAUACCAGCAAAGCCACAACGAGGUCUUAAUUAUUUCGGAACAGGUUGACGGUGUGACUGUUACCUGCCAGCAGCCGCUGCAAGUGUGGUCGGAGGAGAAGAAGAUGAAAUACCAGUGGGUUUUCAGAGUUCAUUCCCAGAAGCCCCUAAAACAUGUGGCUCUGUUGAAGAGAGCCCCUGGAGCCGCCUUCUUCCUGGCAGGGGACGGGCUCUCUCGGGGUCUCACCUAUGCCUCGGGAGAAAGAUUUAAGCCCCUGCCCACCUCUCCGCCGGUUUCUGAGAUACGGGUGUGCGUGGAGUGCUGCACCUUUGGCAUCUACGAACAGUGGCUAGUCUUUGACUUCGGCAGCCGGCCAGUGUUGGCGCAGAAGUUCCAGGUUAAGAUCGGCAAGAAAGAAGCUCACUGGAGUGUAGAUCCGGCGGCGGAACAGAGCAGCCAGUUUGUCGACUUCGCCCGCUGGCACAGCGGCAACCGGGUGGUGGUGCCCAGCGUGCCGCGUUCCAGCAAAGAGAUCCAACUGUUGGCCAAAUAUAAGAUCCCGUCCCUCUCCCUGGAUUUCAAGCAUGGUGCCGAGAAGAAGCCAAUCACCCUCGUCAACUACCGGGAGCAAAUGCACAACUUCCUGUUCAGAGAGGAAGAGGCGGAGCAAACUGUCGUCACAAAGCUUAGCUUGCAAGUUGCCGUCUCCCUUCACCAAAUGUUGGAGACCCCUUGCCUUGGGAUGAGGUUUGCCCUUCCGGGUGAGUUGUUCGCUCACGUCCUCACCCCUUGCUCGGUGACCCAGGAUUCCAAGGAGGGAUACCUGCUUCACCGCUCCAUCCAAACCGCCUUCCUGGCGCCGGAUCCCCCCACCAGCAACCGCGUCUACGAGGUCAGCGUAGAGACCAAAGCCAUCACCGAGAGGAGCGUCUGGCUGGUGAUCCCCAAGCGUUGCUGCUCUGAGCUGGGCCUCCAAAGCGGGACAUCCGUCAAGGUUGAAAUUCAGUUCCAAAUGAACCAGCUCGAGUUCCGGCAGUGGCAUCACGCCACGGAUCAACUCGUGGAUGUGCGCCUGGUCCUUCCUGACGUGGCGGCCUGCUCCGUUCCACAGCCUCUGGAACAGGCGCAGUUGCAGAGGGGCAACCGGAAGCAGAGCCAAGCUUUCUCCUUCAUCACGGGGCAGGCCUCUGGGCCCCGCCAGGUGCCCCCUCUCCUGAUUUAUGGGCCUUUUGGGACGGGGAAGACCUUCACCUUGGCCAUGUCUACCUUGGAGAUCAUCAAGCAGCCCAAGACGCGUGUCUUGAUCUGCACCCACACCAACAGUGCAGCGGAUAUAUAUACUCGUGAAUACUUCCACGCCUACGUUGAAUCCGGGCACCCAGAGGCCAUCCCACUCUGCAUAAAGUACACUCACAGGCUGGUCAAAUCAACUGACCCCAUCACGCUGCGCUAUUGCUGCCUCUCCCCCAACCAGGAUUCCUUCCGCCUCCCCACCAAGGAGGAGCUGAAUCGGCACCAGAUCAUCAUCACCACUUCCAUGCUUUCCCAGGAGCUUGGGGUGCCUGCUGGUUAUUUCAGCCACAUCUUGAUCGACGAAGCUGCUCAGAUGCUGGAGUGCGAAGCUCUGGUGCCCCUCUCCCUUGCGACCUUGCACACCCGCAUCGUCCUGGCAGGGGACCACAUGCAGAUGACCCCGCAGCUCUUCUGCCUGCAAGGAAGCGAGCAGGCGGCCGACCACACGCUGCUGAACCGUCUCUUCCAGUACUACCAGAAGGAGAAGCAAGAAGCGGCCAAGAAGAGCAGGAUCAUCUUCAGCGAGAAUUACCGCUCCACCGCCAGCAUCAUCGACUUCAUCUCCAGGCACUUCUACGUGGGCAAGGGAGAUGCCAUCCAUGCCGUGGGCCAGAUCCCUCCUCACCCAGAGUUCCAUCCUCUCAUGUUCUGCCACGUGGCGGGUUCUGCGAACCAGGAUGCAUCAAAGACUUCCUGGAUUAACGUUUCUGAGAUUAUGCAGGUGGUGGAGAAAGUACAAGAGAUGAGCGAGAAGUGGCCAGAUGAAUGGGGGGAGCAUGACCUUAAGAAGAUCUGUGUGGUCUCCUAUGGAAGCCAGAUUGCGGCAAUUCGUCAGGAGCUGAGGAAGAAGUGCUUGAGAGAGGUGGUGGUAGAAAGCUACGAGAAUCUACCAGGCAAGGAAUUCCGCUUAAUUAUCCUUAGCACUGUCCACACCAGAGAGAGUCUCAGUUGCAUCAGCUCCCCCAACCUGGACUUUUUCAACAACGCACGAGUGCUGAACACGAUCAUGACGAGGGCUCAGUCACAGGUCAUCGCCGUGGGAGACGCCGUGGCCCUGUGCUCUUACGGCCAAUGCAGCAAGGUCUGGAAGAGCUUCAUCAAGGAGUGCAUAGAGAAGGAGACGGUGACUCCCAAGACCCUGACGCUGGAGGAGAUACGGCAAGCAGCGUGCGACCGGGCCAGCUGGAACAGGGCUAGCCCCGAGUCUGAGGAAGCAGACAAAGAAGGAAGCGACACCACUUCCUGGUUUUCGAGCUCAGAGAGCCUGAACGUUGACGAUCCCAUCUUGCAGGAACUCUUGGAUGAGAGAACGGACAUGGUGGUGACAGUCAACAACGAGGGGCUGUUGAAUGUGAAAUCCGAGGCGCCUACGACCCGAAGCCGGGAAUACGUCAGCUUCCCGCAUGAAAUCAUGCAGAACUAUCUGCGCAUGCAGCCCAGCUUGUACAAGCGCUGCGAGUUCAUCAAGGAGGGGUUUGAUCGAGCGUCUGCCUUCACUUUGGACAACGACCCUCCCUUGAGUAUCCAGAUCAAAGGCAGGGUUAACUGUGGAAUGGCUUUCACCGGGGACCAGGUCUUGGUGCAGAUCCUGCCGAGCAACCCUGAAGGAAGUUUGCACGGGAAAGUGGUCGGCGUGCUGAAGAAGGCCGAGAGGGAACGUACCUUUGUGUGCGUGAUGGAUGAGUUUGAUCAUCACGUCAUGAUUCCCAUUGACAAUACGGUCACAAAAAUCUUUGUCCCAGGGCUGAAGGACUCUCCUGAUGUCCUCCCCAUCCGAAAAAUGGACAAAGCGGGGAGGAUCCGUCUCCAGAAAUGCAAGAAGGUAUCACCGGAACUGAGGAAGAAAAGUCUUUUCGUUGUCCAAGUCAUCAAUUGGCGGGAAGGCUUUUACUACCCUCUGGGGAUCGUUACAGAAUUGCUUCCUGUGGCAUUGACUUUAGAGGAGGGGCUGCAGAUCCUUGGCAUAGAAUACUGUCUCAAAAACCAGUUCUCGGCGUCUGUGAAUAAAGAGGUGGCCAAAUUCACCCUUGGAAAGUUUGCAUCAGUGAAAAGUGGUCGGAAAGACUGCCGGGACUACCUUACCUUCACCGUUGACCCUCCAGGUUCUAGAGAUUUGGAUGAUGCCAUCAGCGUCAGAGACUUGGGUGAUAAAUAUGAGAUCGGGGUCCAUAUUUCUGAUGUGGCAUCUGUUGUGUCCAAAGGUUGUGCUCUAGAUAUAGAAGCCAAGAACCGGGGGUCUACUUUUUACGCUCCUGGGACCGAACCAGUAUGCAUGUUCCCACCUAAGCUAAGUCAAGACUUCUUCAGUCUCCUUCCGGAGAAAGACCGGCAUGUGAUCUCUCUCUUUGUCUUGGUGAGCAAGACCUCGGAUGAGGUGGUAGAGGUUCUCUUUAACGUGUCCACCAUCCGCUCGGAUCGGCAGCUGACCUACAAGGAGGCAGAAGAUAUCAUCCACAGCUUUUACAAAGCAGAAUCUCCAUCACUUUGUUUUAGCAGCCUGGAGCACUGUGUCGCAGUUGCGUACCACUUCUCCCGAGCUCACCGGUUCUCCAGACUCCACGAUGACUGUUACUAUCAUCAACUGGAUGAAGAUAGUUCUCUGGGCCAAAGGUGUUCUCACCAGAUGGUGGAGGAAUUCAUGGUCAUGUUCAACAGCUUUGUGGGAGAGCUCCUCACCACUAAGGAUCCCACCAGAAAAUUAACACCUUUACGGUGUCAGAGUGAGCCUGUCCCUCAGCAGAUGACUCAGAUGAGGGGCAAGUACAGAGAUAUCAUCCCUCUGUCCAUCCACCUCUCGCACCAUCUGGGUGCUCAGACCUCUGAAGUCCGUCUGGAAACUGGUCGUGAGUUUGUUCUCCUGACUCCACUGUGGGAUCAUCUCCGGUCAGCCGCCGAUGCCCGCGAUUUCCCCAAAAUGCUUGAUCUUAUCACAACAGACGACGUCCACCCUAAACUGGUCCCUGUGAAUCUGGAGUUCCGGAAGCUUCUGAGCCGUUCCUAUUUCAUGUGUUCCAACUCCUCUGCCCAGUCAAAAGUGGGCCACUAUUCCCUGCACGUGGACACUUAUACAUGGGCCUCUUCUCCCAUCCGGCGCUACAUGGACAUUGUGGUGCAGCGGAACCUUCUUUCUGUGCUCUUGAACACCCCGGUCCUGUACUCCUCAACCGAUAUUGAGCUCCUUUGCCAUGAUUUCACCUGGAAGAAUGGAAUGGCGGCCGCCUAUGAGAAGAAGGCUCACUCUUUGGAGAUGGCAAGUCAGUUGAAAUGUCAAGUCCAGCAGAAGUUUGCCUUUGUGAUGAACAUCGAGGGGAUGGCCAAGAACGUCAAGGUCUUGUUUCCCCUGAACAAGGACACCCUUCCGGAUCCUCAUCUCAUCAACUACAGAGCUCUACAACUGAUAGAACAGCCGUUUUAUAUCGAGGAGCUUAACAGCAUGAGGCUGAGAUGGAAGAGAAGAAUCUACUCCGUCAGGACCAAAAAGGACUGCACCCCGAAAUCGUUGGUGCUACGGGACGGUGCGGUGACUCUAUUCAGCAUUCGAGUUUGGCGAGAUGUCCUAGAGGCUAUCAGAAACAAAGAUUAUGGGAUGGUGGCCCACCUUCUUGAGGAGGGCCCUAGGAAACAGUCAAGGAGCGUGGGGCGGAUGGAGAGAAGCAGGUGCUCGCAUUACGUAGAACUGUCCCGGGAGCUCAACGCUGGGGACGUGUUACACCUCCAGCUCACUACAAGUAUCUUUCGGGGUUUCUUGGUGCCGUGCGUACAGCUGUGGACCGUGGCCCCAGGCUUCGACGUGUGCCUGGAGCACACGGAGAAACCUAUUGACUGCUUCUCCAAGUACUCCACGCAGGCCUCCAAGGACAACUACAAGGAUGCUUCAGAGUAUCGCAGAGUGUGGCUUCCUCUCUGUGACAUGGAAUCCGCUUCCUGCGCCGUGUCCGCAAAUGACUCCAUCGUCCUUUCCGACGUCUGCAUCAUCUGGGAGAAGACAAGGACAAGGGACGGGAAGCUCCAGGGGACAUUUGUCUUGACCAAAGGGUUCCUCAAGGAGUGUGCUAUUGACUUGGAUUUCCGGAACUGCUACCUGUGCAUUCGCCUAGAAGGCCUGAACAGAGACCAAGACAGUGUGGAGUCCCUUAGUCACAGUCUCCACAACCUCAGUCUGACCAAGAAUAAUGUAGAGACUGGCAAAUUGGUGGUUGAUCCGGCAACAUAUACUUGGGUGGCCCACGGGCGUACUGAAGUGUUCAGCGAUGAUGAGAAAUCGGAUCGGCGUAGCGAAAAGAGGGUUGAAUUCUACGUCAACUUCAUGUCCAUGGAAAACAUCCCCGUUGAGAUCACCCAGAAUUCUUCCCGCUUCACCGUGGAGCUGAUUCCAAAGACGCUGCCUGAUGUACGGAAGGAGGAUGCCAUCUGGCGACUGAAACACGCAACCGAACUUGCAAAAUGCAUAGCGCUCGGAAAAGUUCCUGAACAAAAACCUCCGCAGUCCAAACUCUUGAAACGCACAACCUUUGAUCUCCCAGGAAACACCAGGAAACUCAACCCCAGCCAAAACCGGGCCAUCUGGGAGGCUCUGAGCAAGCCGUUUACGCUCAUCCAAGGCCCACCAGGGACCGGGAAAACUGUGGUUGGCUUCCAUGUCGUCUACUGGUUCCACCAGCUGAAUCAGGAAAGCCGGAAGAAGGAAAUCAAGGAACAAACAGAGAGCCACAUUCUGUACUGCGGGCCUUCCAACAAGUCUGUCGACGUCGUUGCCGAGAUGCUGAUGAAUUUUAAAGCACUGAGGCCCCUGAGAGUAUAUGGAGAGGGCAUAGAGACAAUGGAUUUUCCCUACCCCGGGAGCAGCUUACACAUCUCUCGGAAGUCAAUGCGGGACUCAAGAUCCAAACCAGAGAUCAGGGAUAUCACUUUGCACUACCGGAUCCGACGUGCCCCGAAUCCUCACGCGCUAGACAUCUGUGCGUUUGAUGCCCGUGUGAAAAAUGGAGACAUGAUCACAGAGAAGGAAACCGAUGCAUACAAGCGUCUUCUCAGGACAGCCAGCAAAUAUGAGCUGCAGCAACACGACGUUAUCCUUUGCACGUGCUCGGCCUCCUGCAACAGCAUUUUGACUGACAAUCUAAACGUCAAGCAGGUGCUUGUCGACGAGUGCGCCAUGUCCACCGAGCCGGAGACCCUCAUCCCGGUAGUGAGCCAUCCGAAAGUGGAGAAGGUAGUCUUGCUGGGGGAUCACAAGCAGCUUCGGCCCGUUGUCCACAACGACUUCUGCAAGGCCCUGGGCAUGGAGACCUCCCUCUUUGAGCGCUACAAAGACCAGGCCUUAAUGUUGGACAUCCAGUAUCGCAUGCAACGAGACAUUUGCUGGUUUCCAUCCAUCACCUUUUACGAGAGCAGACUGAAGACUUGUCCCGGGCUCUUCCGCCAUCCCAGCGUCUUCUCCCACUCCGACCGGAAACACUGCCCCAUCAUCUUCGGCCACCUCGAAGGCAAAGAGAAGAGCCUGAUGGUCUCGACAGAAGACGGGAAUGAGAACUCUUUGUCCAACCUCGAGGAAGCCGAGCAGGUGGCAAAGAUAGCAAAGCAGCUGACCCUGGAUGGGACCACUAAGCCCGAGCAGAUCGCCAUCCUGACUCCUUACAACGCCCAGGUCGUCGAGGUCAAGAAACUGCUUUCUCGAAAAGGGCUGCAAAGUGUGACCGUCUGCACCAUCAUGAAAAGUCAAGGCAACGAAUGGAGGUAUGUGAUUGUCUCCACCGUACGGUCCUGUCCCCGGUCGGCUAUCGACAAAAGGCCCACCAUCGCCUGGCAGAAGAAGAAUUUAGGGUUUGUGACGGACCCCAACCAAGUCAACGUCUGCAUCACCCGGGCGCAGGAAGGCCUCUGCAUCAUUGGCAACCGUUACCUCCUUGAAAGCAACCCCUUGUGGCGAAGGCUCGUGCAGCAUUACCGGGACCAAGGAUGCCUCACCAAUGCUGCCGCGAUCCAGAUUAUGAAGCGGAAGGCUCUUCACUGA